AUGUCUCGACCAAACAGGCCCGCAGUGGUUGCAGCCAACAACCCGCCACCUGCAGCUAGAAUAGCCCGCAACCUGUGCGCCAUGGUUGUUGGUGAGCCAAGCCGCAGACAAUUUAUCGGUGGCCAAAAGUUGGGCCUCGAUACUGACAUCGAGUGCUUCGUCAUGUUCAUACCAAGGACUGACGCAGAGAACUGGUUCGGGUUCUCCAUCCAAGUCCCGCUCUCGGCUGAUACCGAAGCAUUGGGUCUUGGGAAGUGGCACACCUUUAAUGAGACCAGGGCUCCUGUAACGACGGAUUCGUUAUACAUUACCGUCAAGUUUCCACGGGAAUCCACUUUGUCGGAGAUCACGCCUGUCGACGGUGUGUUGCUGCGGGCUUUCCCUCCCGCCCUCCAGCCCGGCAAGGUCUGCCAGCUCUAUGUCUCUGUGAGAGACCCUGACGCCAUUCAGAUUGAGGGUAUCGGCAUGCCUUUCGCCAAUCCCGGCCAUAAAUGCGAGAGCUGGAUGCGCAACGGGGCUGUCUUCGAGGGCAAGACGUUGCUGGAUAUUCUCAAGUCUGGCACAUACACCUUUGUCGUCAACAGGCCUGAUCAACCCUUCCGCGUUGAUUGGAACGUCACCAGAUUGCCUCCCCGAUUCCAGUAUCCUUGGGGUACUGUCCAUUAUUGGGAUGAGCAGAGGUAUCAUGACUUGGUUGACGCCAACAAGGGUCCCCAAUUCGCUCCUGCGCGCAGUUUCGACAGCGAUAACAGUCACCUUGCUGUCCUUACGCAGUCGCUCGCCCAGGACAUUAUGUGGGUAGACAGGGCCGCCAAGGAAAUCUACUCCCAGUUCCGUAUGAGGGUUUAUUUCAUUGGAAUUGGAAAUGUGGUACCGAGUCACCAGUACUAUGUUUUGGUGCCACUGGAGCCUGGAUUCCGGUCCCGGUUUGCGGCUGCCUGGCGUCGCCUCGCGCAAGGGAUACUCGAACUCCACAUCUUCGAUGAAGUAAACUUGGAGGGAGGCCCCAUUGCGAAUUGGCUGGCUCGAAUUGUCGACAACCCACGGAGUAUCGAUGAUUUGGCGAACCAUGUCGUGAGGAAUCACGAGCUGAUUCUGCAUAACUGCGCUGCUUUGCACUUCGACUCGGGCAUUGAUGACUACGUCCGCAAAAUCGACGCCGUAUGUCAGUUCGCGCCAGACUCUCGCCCGUCCAACCCAGCAUUAUUCGGGGUCGAGAUUGGGAAAGACGGUCGUUCUCUUGAGGGCAAUCAAUGGGAUGUUACUCGGGUCAAACAAAGGCUUGAAGUGGCUCGUGCUGCCGUCCGCGGUCGAGGUUUCUACGGAGUUGACAUUGCCGUUGCACCCAUAGCUGCAGGCAACCCUGAUCACGAGGGCCUUCAAGCCGCUGCGUUGGGAGAGAAGAUGCCAAUUCUUCCACGUGUCAAUAUGCUCAACAUCGCGAGCGGCCCGGAGAGAGGGGCCCUCAUGAGGCAGCUUCUGCCUCAUGAACGCGGCUUCUUCUCCGAAUACCUCGAGUCGCGUCCUCUGGGCUUGGGUCUAGCGACGGCAGAACCUGGAUUCAGAAGGACAUCUCUCCUUGCUGUGGCUGCGUACGGCAUGAUACGGACAUUCAAGUCUAUUUACGUGUCCGCGCCCACCGAUGUCGCUGUUGACAACAUUGCUGCUCGCAUGUAUGAAACGAGUCGUCGUGUUGUUGAGACCGCCAACGGCAGCAUGGAAUCGGGGAACCCCAACCGCCUUCGCCGACUUCUUGUUAUACGGGGGCAUAAGCCGGACGAUGAGAUGGCUGCUUUCCUCCGCCUGCUGCGGAACCCCAACUUGGGCGAUCAAGCUGCCCCGGAAUCGGCUUGCAGAGGCGCCUCUCGGUGGAAGCUUCACCUAUCGCUGGCAUACUGGGCCCUGAAGAUACUGCGGUCGCAAGCGGUUGAGCCAUUGCACCAGGAUGACAGCACGGCCCUCUACCAGUUCCAGGCCCGCAUAGACAACGUAGCUGAGUUGGCUGUUCUGCGUGGUGUUGCCGCUGGGGAUCAGCCUUGGAGAGAUUACGAGGCCCAACCGCUCACCGAUAAUCAGGUCAAGUGUUUCCUCGGGGAGCUCCUACUUGUAGCCGAUGCCGUCGCCACCACGCCAACCCUCUCCUGGCAAUUGCCUUAUAAGCGUUGGAAGGACUCAAACGGCCAUGCCGUGGUUAUAGACCAGGCUGACAAUAUCAGCAGGCCGGAUCUCUACUCGGUCUGGGGCAAUACCAUGAUCCCUCUCUUCCUUGCUGGCAAUGAGAAGCAGCCUCAGCCAACAGUAAGACCUGCCUACGAUAAGGAUGAUAAGGGUAAUGCUCUGAAUCGGCACGCCGCCGACGCUGGGAUCUCGGCUCUGGAGUUCUUCAAGGGCAUUGGCUGGCCUGUCUUCCGGCUGAAUGCAGGCCGUGUUGCAACGUUUGGAAUUUAG